AUGGCCUUCGCCAUCGAAGCGCAGGGCGAAACUAACCCACUUAGUGCCCAAAAUGUGCUGAAUACAUUAAUGCUUGCAGCAAGCUCGUCCCAACAGCAGGUCCGGACGGGUACUGAACAGCUUCAAAACUGGGAGAAACAGGCCAUGUACUACACUUUUUUACAGGAAGUCUUUCUUGACCAUUCCGUACCAAAUGAAGUUCGUUAUCUCGCAAUCAUUCAACUGAAGAACGGCAUCGACAAAUAUUGGCGCAAGACGGCAGCAAAUGCGAUUAAAUCGGAAGAAAAGCAACAUAUCAAGACACGAGCUCUUGAUGCGGGCAUUAUUGAGCCAGCGCCGCUUUUGGCUCUGCAUAACUCACUGAUGAUCGCCAAAAUCAUGAGAUACGAGUUCCCCCAGGACUGGCCCGAUGCGAUUUCGUACAUCAUUUCCUCGCUCAGAUCCUCCGUUCAGCCUGGAGCAAAUCCACUCCAACUUCCCCGAACUCUUCUCAUAUUACUACAGAUCAUCAAGGAAUUAUCAACUGCACGAAUCCAGCGAACGCGACACAACCUUCAGUCUGUGUCCCCUGAGAUAUUCCAGUUACUGGGAAGCAUCUAUGUGGACAAAGUCAAUCAAUGGGGGGCUAUGCUAGAGCAAGGUGGUGCCGCUGAGGAACGAUUGCUGGAAUCACUCGAAUUAAGCUUGGUGUCUCUGAAGGUCCUUAGACGUUUGAUCAUUGCUGGAUUUGAGCAUCCGAGUCGCAGCCAGGAAGUACAAAGCUUCUGGGUGCUGACCCAUUCGCAUUUCAGCAAGUUCCAUUCUCUCGUGGACGGAUCUGUCGGUUUGUCUGAGACAAUCCACAAGACUAUUGAGAAACAUCUGCUGCAGAUGUCUAAGUUGCAUGUUGAAAUGGCCAAAACACACCCUGCAUCCUUCGCGUUGCUGCCAGAUAGUAUCUCACUUGUCCAGUCGUAUUGGUCGUUAGUCGUCAAACUAGGCGAAAAGUAUGACAGUCUCGGUUCUGGAGGCGAAGAUGAAGGGAAGUCUUUAACCGAGAAGACCGGCCUCCGCGCACUGCUUUUGAUCCGCGCAUGUGCAAAGAUGGCGUUCAACCCUGCUCAGACGUUCAAAUUUCAAACACCACAAGACAAGGAGGAACGGAAACAAUCUGUCCAGCUCGUCAAAUCGCAACUUUUCACUGAAGAAUUUGUGGUCAAUGUCAUGGAGCUUCUUGUCACACAAUUCUUUAGGUUCCGCAAGAUCGAUUUCCAAGAUUGGGAAGAAGAGCCAGAGGACUGGGAGAAGCGUGAGGAAGAGAAUGCUGACGCUUGGGAGUUUUCUAUCCGUUCAUGCUCGGAGAAACUGUUCCUUGACCUCGUGAUUCACUUUAAGGAUCUCUUGAUUCCGCGUUUAUUGACGGUAUUCUAUACUUUUGCAAACACCGACAACCACAAUGUGCUAUUGAAGGAUUCACUCUAUUCUGCUAUCGGCUUAGCUGCGGCCAGCCUUGAACAGCACCUAGACUUCAAUGCAUUCUUGGAGCAUACCAUGGUUCCCGAGGUCCAGUCUCAGGAACAUGAGUACAAGCUUCUGAGAAGGAGAAUCGCGCUCGUGCUUGGCCAAUGGGUCCCAGUCAAGGCAGGUGAACUGAACAUGAACGCAAUCUACCAAAUAUUCCAGCAUUUGCUCAGCAAACAUGACCCUCUGAACGAUCUGGUCGUUCGCAUCACUGCUGGUCGGCAACUUCGGAGUAUCCUUGACUCAUACGACUUUUCACCCGACGCAUUCAUGCCAUUUGCGCCACCGAUCUUGGAGAGUCUUAUGGCCCUUGUACAAGAGGUCGAAUCUUCAGAGACGAAGAUGGGACUUUUGGAGACAGUUCGCAUGGUGGUGGUCAAAAUGGAGGAACAUAUCAAUCCGUUCUCGGACAGCAUCAUCUCCUUACUCCCCCCCUUGUGGGAAAGCUCAGGAGAAGAACACUUGAUGAAACAGGCUAUCCUAACUUUGUUGUCAUCCUUGAUCCAAUCACUAGGACAGGAGUCAGUCAGGUAUCACUCUUUGAUUCUUCCUCUGAUUCAAAGCUCCGUUGAACCCGGCUCGGAAACUAUUGUAUACCUUCUAGAUGAAGCAUUGGAUCUCUGGCACGCCAUUAUCCAGGCGACGCCGUCUCCAGCCUCACCGGAGAUCAUAUCACUUCUCCCGUCUUUGUUCCCCAUUCUUGAGGCAGCAACCGAUAGCACCCCACAGGCCAUCCAAAUUCUUGAAUCUUACGUUUUCCUUGCACCCCAGGAGAUUCUCAGCGACCGCUUCCGUUUCCAACUUCUGGUGAUCCUCGAGUCUCUACUCAAAUCCACAACCAAGCAACGUCUUGGUGUCAUACCUCGCCUUGUGGAUUUGAUGCUCCGUGGUGCUGAGACUGUCGAUGGUGGUAGUGAGGCAACCUAUAGCAUCAUCUCCCAGUCCCUUCUGGAUAGCUCAUUCCUUGCUUCUCUGCUGGAGGGCCUCUAUUCUGCCUAUGAAAUGAGCCAGACAUCCGGCCCAAAUAGGAAGACUUCGCCUGUGGUCGGUGUCGUCGAGAGUGAUUACUUCUCUGUUCUAGCGCGUCUUGCGAUGGCUAGCCCUACCAUUUUCGCCUCCUCGGUUGCCGCCGCCACCAACUCGUCUGAUGAACAAUCCUUGAACUGGAUCUUGACUGAAUGGUUCUCGCACUACGACAACAUCGGUAGCAUUAACCAAAAGAAACUCCAUGCACUUGCCCUCACCCAGCUCCUGGCUCUACCAGGGGUGCCACUCGACCCAUCUCUUCCUCCUCCACCCCCUGCCUACAUCCUUUCCCAUCUACAAUCUUACCUGAGCAUGUGGACGGAUCUUAUCACCGAGCUAGCCGACGGUGGCACUGAUCCCAAUGCGGAUUACCUGGUCUGUUGGAAUGCGCCCGCCGGAUCGGAAACUGCGAUGCCAGAAGUCGCCCAAGAGGCCGAAUCGCCCGAGAUCAUUCGUCGCCGCGACUGGCAGUCCGGAGAUGCAAUUCACCGCUUCACGAUUCGGGACUUUGUGCGCCACCGCCUGCAAGAAGUGAUUACUGGCUGCGGUGGAGCGCAGCGGUUCCAGGAUGAGUGGCUCGUCAACGUUGACAGCGAGGUGGUUUCGGCGUUUGGAGCCCUCGGACUGCUUUGA